UCUCUCUCUCCGAGCAUUCAGCCGCUGCUAUAACUGAACACAGUGACUGCUAACACCACAGGAGUAGUUUGGUCUGCGUUUGGACAAUUUGGUCGUACAUUUGAGCCCUCGUUUGUAGAAGUCAUGUUUUCCAAAGCCACUGCCAACUUCGUCCAUCAGAUUGACCCUGAAGGAAGCCUCAUCCAUGUGUCGCGAGUAAACGACUCAAAAAAACUGGUUCCUAUUGGACUAGUUGUCAAACGCAACCGCAUCUGGUUCUGGCAGAGCCCCAAGUACCAACCCACAGUUUUCACCCUCAGCGACUUGUUGCAAGGCGACCAGGUGCUAAGUCCUGGAGUGUCCGAGACAGACUUUCUGACCUACAAGGGGACGUUUAGAGACGCAGUCUCCGGGAAGCUAGACCCCGAGGUUGGCCCCGUCGGUGGAACACUGGAGGGCCACGGCUCCUCCGAGCUCCAAUCAUGUUUUGGCAGGAUGUUGAAAGAGGAACUGGAUGUGAAAAAGCUGUUACGGGACUCCAGCAGCAGGCUGGUGGACAUGCAGAAUAAGCUGGUGAAGCAGAUGGAGAAGCGAGAGGAGGUGCUGGCAGUGGUGAAGGAGAGGAUCCUCACCACCACCCCCUGCUCCAUCACCCAGAAGAAAAGGGAGCAGUGCAUCUUCCAGGGGCUGGUGGGCCUGCUAGGGAGCCCUGCUAAGUUGUGUGUGAAGAACAGCAGCAACAUUGAGGCGGACAGCGACGUCUCCUUGGAGAUCCCGUCUGGAACAGUUAUUGCGUACAGCGUCCUGGAACUGGACAUUAAAAAGGAUGGACACUAUGAUAUAUGCCUACGGCCUGGAACAAUAGGAGGCAUUGAAGCAGACUCGCCUGAGUCCUGGCCAUCCCAGGAUUCCUUGGAUUGGGUGGACGGAUCACAUGAGAUGGAUCUUUCUCCUCUGGCAGAGCUCCCCCAGUCCACUCGAUACGCUUUGUUCAAGAGACUCCAAGAGACUCUGAGGGACAGAACUGCCCUGUCACAUGUUGAGUGUUCGCUGGACGAGUUGUGCAGUGGUGAAACACUGGAUAUGGCCAAGCAUAAGGAUCUGUCAGAGAGUCAGAGAAAAUUAUUGUCAGCCAUACUGGAGCUGCUUGGCACAGACAGUGCUGCUGACGUCCCUUUACACCUUAAUGCAGCUCACCUGUUGGUCAGUGCCAUGGAAGAGUUGCCUGAUGAAACUCUGAGCCUCUUGAGUGAGAGCAGCUCUCAUUUUCUGGAGGCCUUCAACACAUUGAUGUGCAGUUUAAAGAAGAACAGCGAGCCUCUCUCCAUCCAGUGUCUCCAUGUCCUCCUGCAGGAGAACCAGGCCUUCCAGCAGGCAGAGCAGCUGCUCCGCUCCGCUAACGUGGCGCUGAAGAGAGACAGUGACAGGCUGUGGUCAGAGACAGGAAGUGAAGCAGGAGUGCUCCCAUUAAUCCUCUCUCUCUGCAUACAAGGACUGGCUCUGCUGUGCAAAGGGCAAAAGUAGUACUUAGUGUCUGCAUGUGCACUUUUCUCUUUUGUAUGAAAUGUAUUCCUUCCAUUUCUUUCUUCAUUGGAAAGUUUAUUCUAAAUUAAGCAUGAAAUCAUUGUAUUAUUAUAGUAUUUUUUCCAUAUAUUCAUACUAUUGCUACAAAUCUUCCCGUUACAUUUUUACUUAAAUAUAUUUUAUGAGCAAGCGCUUAUUUUUUUAAUUACAAAAUAUAUAUAUAUCUAUAUUUUACGCGAUGAAAUUACACUGAACAAAAAUAUAAA